GGAAGUGGCCGUCGCUAGGGACUGGAGCUGAGGGGCCUGGGCUCCAGCAGCGGAGCCUGGGGCUGGAGUUUGGUGAAGGGGGAGGUCUGGGGAUCCGGAGUUCCCCACCCCCUCGGCGGGGAAGCGAUGGAAAUGGGAAAAGAGACUCGGGCGCUACUGAGCGAGCAGCCGGCGGCGGCGUCGGAGGGCCACGGGCCCGGCCCACAGGCUUCCAGGAUCCAGGAAGGGGAGUGCUUUCAGUGCUUCGUCUGCGGCAAGGGUUACCGCUGGGCGUGCCUGCUGAAGAGGCACCUGCGGGUGCACACGGGCGAGAAGCCCUUCGAGUGCGGCGUCUGCAAGAAGAGUUUCAGCAAGUCCAGCAACCUGACCCGGCACCGGCGUUUCCACACAGGCGAGAGGCCUUUCCAGUGCACCGUGUGUCAGAAACGUUUCUCCACCUGCAGCGACCUGCGGGUGCACCAGCGCAUCCACACCGGGGAGAAGCCCUUCGAGUGCGGCGUCUGCCAGAAACGCUUUUACACCUCCGGUCACUUGAUACGGCACCAGCGGACUCACAGCGGGUAGCGGCUCGCUUCCCCGGGGGGGGACGUCCGGGCCCCACCCCUGGCCACGAGGUUAAACCUCCACCCCUGAAACCCACCCGCUGCGAACCCCGAACUCCCUCGUCGUCGGGGAUUUUGUUUUUCUAAAAUCGUGUCGCGUUUUAGAAUCGUUCACGUUGCCGCUCCCUUUGUCCGCGGGGGGAUCGGAGCAGUCGUUGGGGUCCAGGGUGACUGCCUGUCCUGUGUGGACACCUUUCAGACAUUCCCCCCUACCCCACUCCAGGGGGGAAAAGACCUUGUCUAUUUACCCUAUCCCUGCCCCCCCCUCAUGAUGUUAUAAACCUCUAGU